AUGUUCGAAUACUGAAGAAGGAAUACCAGAAUGCCCUGGUGGGAUCGCAUGAGAGCCCUCAAAGAAGCCAAUCUCCUUAAACACUAUCCCUUAUAUUCCUUCGUAUUUCCUAUGUAGUGGCAAGUUUUUCCUCCAAUGAACAGACAAAGAAACACAAUUGCAAGCUAUUCCCCUGAAGAAGCCGAAACCUACGCUAGACUUCUUGAGCGACUUUUUGCAAAGCGCCCUGAAUUCCGCGUUGACUAUGACAAACAAGACAGCGUCGCCCACAUCUUUUUAAGGCAGCAAAUCAGGCUUAUGAGGCAAGGACUUACAGAAGAAGCUGCAUUUGCAAAGGCUGAGGCAAAUAACGCAGAAUUCUUCCUAAAAGAAAGGCAAAAAGCAUCAGUCCUGACCAAUGUGGCCAAGACCAGCAGAAUUUUAAGCUUUAUGAACUAUUAUGAGCAGACUGCAGAAGCGGAAGGCAGAAAUAAGGUAAAAAUGCUGCAAAGGGACUUGCCGAAAUUUGUGAGGUCAAGGGACGAAAAUGACGUUUUUAGAGAUAUGCCAAUAGUCCAUACUUAUAAUAAGGUCCAAGCAACAUAUACGCAUAAUUCCAAAUCUGAGGUAAAAAACGAGCCUGAUGCAUUUUACAAUAGAACAAAAAGAGCGUUAGAAUACCAUUGGGAUAGGGCACAAAAGGUAGAUGGACUGGCUGGGUUGACUGACGAAGCUUUAUUGUGGUAUUCCAAAGACAUAACAAAAAACGUCAGAAAAAGAGCGAAAGCAAUACACAAAGAAUUGACUGAUAUGGGCGUUAAAUUAGACAGCAAAGGAGAAAUUGAUGUAAGCGCAAUACAAAAUUCAGCAUUAAAAGACACUGUGAAAACCAACCCGGUAUUUAAGCUGAUUUUGCAGAACCAAGGGAACUUUGAGGAAUCUUAUAAGACUGAAGAAGAAUCUGAAGAGGAGAUUGGACAGGAAUUAGAUGCCCCUAUAGACGAAAAACAGACCAGAGGGCAACCUUUGAAGUGGACCUCCACAAAUCCUUAUAAAAACCAAUUUUUUAACAUAAAAGUCGACCAAGUCGAGCCAGACGAGUCCAGAAAACUAAGGCUAAAAGCACUAUUUAGCCAAGUCCAAAGCAAAGAAACAGACCCUGUUGAGCAGCUUGAGCUCCAACAAAUCGCAAUCGCCAAGCUUCGCCGAAUCCGCGUCAAAUUCGACCAAUCCUUAGCCAGAGACAACAACGACCCAGUCGUGCUUGUAGACGAAGCAAAAUACAAAAAAGAAGAAAUUGCUUUUAGCUCUAAUUUCGACAUAGAAAGAAUGAACAAGUUCAUGGAGCUGCCUACCAAUAAAGUUGUAGAAACCUUACAAGAUAAGCUAGAAUUUGAAGAAAUCGCUAAAUUGGCUUCACCUACCAUAAUUGACGAAAAUUCAGCACCUGUAGGCUAUGAUAGGAAUUUCUCAGCUAAAGAUAGACUGGCUGAUAUAGACCAUGAGAGCUCUGAUGUAGAAGCUGAAGAGCUGGCUGAAGAAUACGAAGACGGAUUAUUAGGACUUGAAGGAGAUCUAGAAGACACCAAUGCAGAAGACGAAAAAGAAAAGAUGAAAUUCAAGGCUGGAAAACGUGAAAUUAUUAUUAAAGCAGCCAAGCCAAAAGUUGAUAAGAUUGAAGAAGCUAUUGAAGCAAUGAUGACUCAUGGAAAACCAAAGAAAGAUAAAUAA